AUGUUUGUGUGUUCGAAUUAUGCGAUUCGUUUAUCUCCGCUAGUUUCUAAAUAUUUUACCAGAUGUUCUCUAUCAAAUUUAGUAUCAAAACCAUGGCUAUCAUCACUUGGUACUAGCUUUAAUUAUACAAUUCAAACUCAUUUAUCUAAUUCUUCGAAUGUAACUACCUUGAAAUUCCCUACAGUUUUCUCAAAUUUACAUAUACGUUCAUUUCAUACAUCGAGUAAACGAAAUAAAAAAGAUUAUUAUGAAGUUUUAGGUGUACCUAAAACAGCUACACUAAAAGAAAUCAAAAAAGCUUAUUAUACACUAGCAAAACAGUAUCAUCCAGAUACGACAGAAAAGAAAGAUGCUACAACAUCAAAAAAUUUUCAAGAAGUUUCAGAAGCUUAUGAAGUCUUAAGCGAUGAAACGAAACGAAAGAAUUAUGAUACAUAUGGUAUGGGUGGUGAUCCAUUUAGUUCUGGUCAAGAAUCCUCUCCCGGUAGUAGUUCACGUGGUCGUCCAACUGGUGCAAGUCAAGGUGGUUUUCGUGGUUAUGAAUAUUAUCAAGCUCAAGUUGAUCCUGAAGAGUUAUUUCGAAAAAUCUUUGGUGAGGCAUUUCGUCGAGGUGGUUUUGCUAAUCAUGAAUGGAUGGAUGAACCUGAUGAAAAUCAAUUUGGUAGACAAGGUAUAACUCAAUUAGCCCUUGAUUUAACAUUUCAAGAAGCAGUUCGUGGUUGUAAUAAAGAUGUUAAUGUACGUAUUGUUGAUGUAUGUCCAACAUGUAAAGGUACUCGUUGUGCAGUUGGUACACAACCACAACCAUGUCGAACAUGUAAUGGUACAGGAAUGGAAACAAUUGAAACAGGUCCAUUUUUUUUACGUGCUACUUGUCGAACAUGUCAUGGUCGACGUGAAAUAAUUGCAAAACCAUGUUAUGAAUGUUCAGGAAAAGGAAAAACUAUACAAAAAAAAUAUACAACAAUACCAAUUCCAGCUGGUGUCGAAGAUGGACAAAUCAUUAGAGUUAAUCUUGGUGUAUCUGAAGUAUUUAUUACAUUACGUGUUAAACCGAGUGAAAAAUUUCGAAGAGAUGGAGAAGAUAUUCACAGUGAUAUUGAUAUAUCUAUUACUCAAGCAACACUUGGUGGAACAGUAAAAGUACCAGGAAUUUAUGAAGAUCAUGUAUUACAAGUUCCACCUGGUACACAAUCUCAUCAACGUUUUCGUCUUAGUGGUAAAGGUAUUAAACGUCUUCAGAGGUCAGGAACAGGUGAUCAUUAUGUACAUGUAAAAAUAAAAAUUCCUACACGAUUAACAGAUAAACAAAAAGAAUUGAUGUUAUCAUUUGCUGAACUCGAAAAAAAUACGCAAGGAACAGUUAAUGGUUCAUCAAAAACUAAAUCAGAAGAAAAUUCAAAAUUACCAUCAAGUUUGCAUCCACUCAUUGCUGGUGGAGCAAGUGCAUUUAUAACAACAACAUUAUAUCAACCAUUAGAUUUUCUUAAAACUCAAAUACAAGAACCUAAAGAGGGAAUUUCCAAACGUUCGAUACGAUCAAUAACGAAAUAUACUAUACAACAAUAUUCACCACUUCGUUUAUGGCGUGGUUUAACACCGUCUUUAUUUCGUGCUGUACCUGGUAGUGCUCUUUAUUUUCAUUUACUCAAUGUACUCAAAGAAAAAAUACCAAAAUCCCAACAAACAGUUUUCGUUAAUGGAGUUUGUGGUGCUGUAGCUCGAGGUGUCGCUGAUUUAGCUGUUUUUCCAUUUACAUUAAUCAAAGCUAGACUUGAAAGUUCUCGAUAUACAACAAUGAAUAUGAUUGCUAUCAUUAAACAGGUAUACUCAAUUCAUGGUUUACAAGGUUUUUAUACUGGUCUUCUACCUACUUUAGCACGAGAUCUUCCAUUUUCUGGUAUUUAUUAUAUGUCCUAUCGUAAAUUGAAAGAUAUAUUUUCACAUGAUACGAAUAUUCAAUCAAAUAAAAAUUGGAUAACAUCUCAAGCUUUCAUAAGUGUCGCAGCUGGUUUAGUUGCAUCGUUUGUUACUCAACCAGCUGAUGUCAUUAAAACAUAUCGACAAGUAGCUCCAACUGAUUAUAAAAAUGUUUCUAUAACAGUUAAAUUUAUUAUUAAAACAUAUGGUUUAAUUGGUUUUGGAAGUGGUUUUCUUCUUCGAGCAUUUCGUCGUACACUUGUAGCUGCAACAGCUUGGACUUUAUAUGAAUCAUUUUUAAAAUAA